AUUUUCUAAUCCAAACGCUACAGUUACAGAAUGGAAUCAUUAGUAGAGUUAGAGCGAAUCCAAACCCAAAUCCUGGAACGGAUAACAAAUCUGGAACUUUCUAGAAAUACGUCUCUAGAAACUUCCAAUACAUCCUCCUCCGUUACCGGGAAUACCACCGAAGACAGGCUUUCAGGGAUUCUGGUUGCUAAUGGAGUUAGAGAUUUCAGGUUCAAGCGUGUUCCUCCUGAUUAUUAUGAUUGGCCUCUGGAAUCCCGUCGUGAUGUUCUCACUGCUUCAUCUAUUCAUCAUCUCUGCAAAAGCAUCGUUCUGGUAAAUACUCAAGCCCCGUCUAAUAUUACUGAUUGUAGUGAUCGUAACAAUUCAAAGUACUACAUUGUCGUCAUACAGUAUACUGCCCGAUUCAAUGCUGAGACUGUGAAGAAUUUUCUGUACACUCUCAAUGAUGGCAAGAUAGCCAAAAAGAAAUUCAACAUGAGGCUUGCUCCUGAGGAGACAUCAGUAAAGCUGACUGGUUAUGAACACAAUGGAGUUACGUGUGUUGGCAUGAAAACAGAUAUACCGGUGAUUUUGGAUGAGGAAAUUACAAAGCUCAACCCUGACUUCUUCUGGUUGGGAGGUGGUGAGAUUGAUCUUAAAUUGGGGAUGAGGACUUCAGAAUUCAUCAAGUUUGUCAAACCAUUUAUCGUCAAAUGUAGCGGUGCUUAAACUGACCCCAUUUUCUGAAAGGCCAGUGCUCGUGGAGGAAAUUCCUCCAAACCAGCAAAAAUUGCUGGUUAAAUGUGAUUGGUUUUAGAUAGGUUUUAAACUUGUAGCGGUAAGGUUUAACUUCUUUAAAGUUUAAACUUGUCAUGCUAUGGACAUUUUUACCAUUUCCUUGCUGGACUUGGAGUAGAUUGUGAAAGUUUUAUCCGAGCAUACAGUUGGCUAUUCUUAAGAAUGAUUCGUUCUUUAACGGUUGUUAUACUUAGGCACUC